GCUCGCUCCGCCCCUAUGGUGGAUUCACCCCUGGCCCUGAAAUGAGCAAGGGAAAUGAACCGUCACCUCGUGCAGCCCCUACAGCGAAUUUUGCACCCCGAGAGAAGUUCGCCAGUUCACAUUUUGCGCGCUUUAUAUAGUCAUAUGGCAGCUGAUCAUCAGCUCUCAGUGGUGUUUGCACCGCCUCAAAUAGCGCAAGCCGCAUCUCCCACCCUUCCUUUGCUUCGGCUCCUCUUCCACGAACAACGACACCCUCGUCUCGUGCCCUUGUGACGCAACUCACACGGGUGCACAGACCGUGCAGCAGAUAAACCUCCCCGCCCAGACACGUACAUGUCUCUCUCCCUGCAGGGGCGGAGCGGCAGCAGCAACAACCCGGUCCGCGACGUCGCAACGCCCGCGCCUCCGGCCAGUGGUGGCAGUGCCGCAUUACCACGCGGCAUGGACUACGUGUCCAUCUCCCUGGCCGGUGCCGCCGCGGCGAACGGCCAGUGCCUCCCCCUCAACGAGAACGACUCCCUGGACAUGGUCCUCUUCGACGUCCUCCGCGAGGCCUCAGCCUCCGCCUCCCUGUCCACCUCGUUGCCGCCCCCGCUGAUCGCCCGCGGUAGCGCCGUCGAUUCCGCCGUGCGCAUAGGUGGUGGCUGCAGCAAGAGCGCUUACUCGGGAAAGGCCACCGCGGGGCGGCACUACCGCGGGGUGAGGAAGCGGCCGUGGGGCAAGUACGCCGCGGAGAUCCGUGACCCGACGCGGCACGGCGCACGGCUGUGGCUCGGCACCUUCGUCACGGCUGAGGAGGCCGCCGCAGCGUACGACCAAGCCGCGCUCCGCAUGCGGGGCGCCAAGGCGCUGCUCAACUUCCCGCCGCCCGUCGCGGCGGGCUACGGUGCCUCCGGAGCCACUGCCACGGCGACGCAGGCUGUUGGUGUGACUGAGGCCAAGUGAACGCGUGAAGCGGGUCCUUGAUUCCGGAUGUUUUAGUUAGGCUUUUUUGUUUCUACUGUGGACUGUCACUAUUUAAAUUUUGUACAGAAGCUCAUUCUAAAUAAAUUAUGAAUAAUAGAAUUUUAUAGUAUAAUUUAA